CUAGCAAGAAAGAACCUCAUCAGUCUCACAACAGCAACAACAAUGGCGAUCACCUCCAUCUCUCUACCCAAACCUUUUUCCCUGCAUCAUUCAUCAGCCACUCCUCUUUCCAUAUUGAAAACCAAAACAUACAGAUUCUCUUACAUCUCCGAAAAAUCGAAUUUUCCGAGAAUGCGCAAGGUUGUAAUGACGCUGAGAGAAUCCCCGGCUGCUCCGGUGCAAGAAGAUCUUCGAGAGAAGCCCGCGAUGCUCAAUACGACAGCUCUUGUAACGGUGAAGUUCAAAAAAUCAGGGAAUCCUGCGGAGGCUAUUUGUCGCGGCUUGAAGGGUGCAUUGGGACAGGAAGGUGUAAUUCUGCAGUUAGUGAGCAAUGAAGUUGAUCCGAAAACAAUGAAGGCUAAGCUUAGCAAAGAAGUAGUGCUAAAAUGGUCGAAUAGCGCAAAGGUUGAAGGAAAAGGCGAAGGCGAUGAUUGUACUUACAAGGUGAAGUUUGAUAUUGAUCCCGAUUUUGGUAUCCCGGGAGGCAUUCAAGUUCGGAGUCAAUGUGACGAAGAGUUCUUCCUUGUGAGUGCAUCGGUUGGAGAAGUUCGAUUCAUUUGCCGAUCAUGGGUGCAGCCGGAAAAGAUCAGCCCGGCGGCGAGGAUCUUCUUUUGUGACAAGGCAUAUCUACCCUCUCAGACUCCAUCGGGACUGAUCGAGCUCCGGCGGCGAGAACUUACCGAUUUAAAAGGCGACGGGAAUGGAUCGCUGCUGCCAACCGACAGAAUAUACGACUACGAUGUGUACAAUGACCUCGGCAGGCCGGACAGCGGACCUGAUUUAGCAAGGCCUACUCUCGGUGGUAAUCCAAACUACCCUUAUCCGAGAAGGUGUCGAACGGGGCGCCCUCCAACAGCUACCGACAAGAAUGCCGAGAGCGCGCCAAGUGCUUCGCUGCCAAUGUACGUCCCUAGAGACGAAGAUUACGAAGAACAGAAACAGGAAUUUAUGGCGAAAGGACAGUUGAAUGUAGUAUUCCGUAACAUAAUUCCUGUUGUGAUAUCUCUAAUAUUCGGCGAGGAGAACUUCUACUUAGCAGUAGAAGUAAACAAAGAACAGGCGCGGAGUAAGACCAAAAUAAAAUUUGCGUCGCUCGACGAUUCAUUGAAUGGAAAUCCAAUCGUGCAAAUUCUUCGCGGGAUUCAGGAGAUAAUAGAGGGAUCCCUUAACUUGAAUCCUCCCAAGUACAUUUCAGAGGAGUUCGUGUGGGGAUUGCCCGACGAUGAAUUUGGUCGAAGAGUUCUUGCUGGCCACAACCCUGUAAACAUAGAGAAGCUAAAGAUUUUUCCUCCGGUAAGCAAACUCGAUUCGUCUAUCUACGGGCCGCAAGAAUCAGCAUUGAAAGAAGAACACAUAGCAAGCUCUCUAGAAGGAAUGUCUGUGCAACAGGCGAUGGAUGCAGAUAAGCUGUUUGUAUUGAACUACCACGACAUCUAUCUCCCUUUCGUGGAUCGAAUAAAUGCAAUCGAAGCGCGCAAGAUGUAUGCGACAAGAACUAUUUUCUUCUUGACUUCAUUUGGAACUUUGAAGCCCAUUGCAAUCGAGCUUAGCCUUCCGGCGGCGACGGAUGAGAAAGUCUCGCGUAAAAGAGUUCUCACUCCUCCGACUGAUGGCGCCACCGACUGGCUAUGGGAACUCGGCAAAGAGCACGUCUGCACGAACGAUGCAGCAAUCCACGCCGUUGUUAAUCACUGGAUGAAGAUACAUGCUUCUAUGGAGGUAUUCGUGAUAGCAACUCAUCGAAACCUAAGCGUGAUGCACCCGAUCUUCAAGUUGCUGCAUCCUCACACACGGUAUUUCCUUAAGACCAACGGAUUCACACGCGACAGUCUCAUAAACGCAAAUGGAAUAUUCGAAGCAAACAAUGCUCCAGCCGAGUAUUGCAUGCAGCUCAGCAGCUCGGCAUAUCAAGAUUGGAGGUUCGACUUAGAAGGCCUUCCGGAAGAUCUCAUAACAAGGGGAAUAGCAGUGCCCGAUUCCACGCAACCCCACGGCCUAAAACUUUCAAUCGAGGAUUAUCCGUAUGCGCAAGAUGGCCUCCUUAUAUGGUCUGCAAUCGAAAACCUGGUGACAAAAUAUGUGAAUUACUACUAUCCAGAGGCAAAUCUUAUUCAGAAUGACACAGAGUUACAAGCCUGGUACAGUGAGGCAGUCGAAACCGGCCAUGGGGAUCUCGCAGGAGCAACAUGGUGGCCUAAGCUCUCGAUCCCAAGCGAUCUGAUCAGCAUUCUGACAACGAUCAUAUGGAAAGUAACAGGACAGCAUGCUGUACACAACUUCGGACAAUAUCCUUACGCCGGCUACAUCCCUGCCCGGCCGCCAUUUAUGAGAAAAUUUCUGCCCUCGGAGCAAGAUCCCGACUACGAACGCUAUCUUGCGAAUCCUCGAGAAUAUUUCCUGUCGUCGAUCCCAAGUUUUACGCAGGCUGCACAAUAUGCAGCUGUGCUUGAUCUAGGCUCCGGGCAUGCUCCUGAUGAAGAAUACAUUGGAGAGAGGAAAGACCUGUCGAGUUGGGGCGGGGUGCCGGAGAUUUUAGAGGCGUUCGACGAAUUCUCCAUGGAUAUGAAAUCGAUUGAGGAGGAGAUUGUUCGAAGGAACUCGGAUUCGGGACUGAGGAACCGGUGUGGAGGUGGAGCAUUCCCUUUUGAAUUGCUGAUUCCGAGCUCGGAAUCUGGAACGACGAGCAGAGGUGUACCUAACAGUGUAACAGCUUGACAAGGAGCAACAAGAAUAUUAAGUACGUGGAAGAUCUAAGGGAACAAUCGGUGAAUUCAAAUCAUGUUGAAUAGAGGAAAUAAGUCCCUGUAUCUAAUGGAGAGUGAUCUCAAAACAAAAUGUUAUUCAAAGAAAAAAUCAGUCAACUAUUUGAAAUUUAAAAUUCAAAAUGUCUCUGGUAUUCAAAUAAUUAAGUGUAAAAAAAAUGUUAAAAAUUAGUGGUAGAAUCCACGGUUAGAAAAUGUAAACCUUUGAAUUUAAUGAACAAAAAUAUAAAUAUGUAGA